UUUGAAACAGCGGGGCAUCUUUGUGUUUGCCAUUGGAUCAAGGACCUCGGACAGCAGAGAGCUGCAAAGGCUAUCGUUUGAGCCUAGCUACGCUUUGUCAGUGUCUGAUUUUAGUGGGCUCGACACCGUCCAGGAACAAAUCUCCUCUCUGAUGAGCACAGCCGUAGUCAGAUCCCGGCCUUUGACAACCACAGAGACAGUGGGAAGACAGACACCAGCAAGGGAUGUGGUUUUCUUGCUGGAUGCAACCGAUGCAACUAGAAGCGACUUCCCAGCCGUGCAAGACUUUGUCCAGAGAGUGGUGGAGACGCUACUUGUGGACGAGAAGAAAGACCGUGUGUCAGUGGUUCAGUACAGCAGAGAUCCAGCUGUCCAGUUUUAUCUGAACACUUACAUGACAAAAGACGAGAUCCUUAAUGCUGUCAGAAAUUUGAGGCACAAAGGGGGGAGAUCUCUCAACACUGGAGCAGCUCUCCAGUACUUGAGGGAAAACGUCUUCACUGCCUCUUCGGGAAGCAGGCGCUUGGAGGGAGUUCCACAGGUCCUGAUACUGCUAAGCAGUGGAAGAUCUGCUGACAGUGUCGAUGCACCGGCCUCUGCUCUCAAACAAAUGGGCAUAUUGACCUUUGCAGUUGGCAGUAGAGGCUCUGACAGUAGAGAACUGCAGAGGAUAUCCCACAAGCCCACUUCUGCUUUCACUGUGGCUGAAUUCACAGACCUUUCCAGCGUGCCGCAGCAGCUGUUGGCCUCUUUAGAGGCUUUGCCCAUUGACGUGACCCCAGAAACCCCAACUGAUUCUGUUGACACAGCCAAAAAAGAUGUUGUAUUUCUCCUGGAUGGCUCUGAUGGCACAAGGAAUGGUUUCUCUGCAAUGCGUGACUUUGUUGAAAGAGUGGUGGAGAAACUGAGCGUGGGAGAAAACAAGGACCGUGUGUCUGUUGUCCAAUACAGCCGAGAAGCAGAGGUCCAUUUCUCUCUGAAUACACACAGAACAAGGGAAGAUGUUAUGGACGCUGUCAGAGGGCUUAGACACAGAGGAGGAAGACCCCUAAAUACCGGGGCAGCCCUCCAGUACGUCAUGGACAAUGUCUUUACAAACUCCACUGUGAGCAGACGCCUGCAAGGUGUUCCACAGAUCUUGAUACUGCUAGCAGGCGGAAGGUCUUUUGACAAUGUGGAUACCCCAGCUUCUGCUUUGAAACAGCGGGGCAUCUUUGUGUUUGCCAUUGGAUCAAGGACCUCGGACAGCAGAGAGCUGCAAAGGCUAUCGUUUGAGCCUAGCUACGCUUUGUCAGUGUCUGAUUUUAGUGGGCUCGACACCGUCCAGGAACAAAUCUCCUCUCUGAUGAGCACAGCCGUAGUCAGAUCCCGGCCUUUGACAACCACAGAGACAGUGGGAAGACAGACACCAGCAAGGGAUGUGGUUUUCUUGCUGGAUGCAACCGAUGCAACUAGAAGCGACUUCCCAGCCGUGCAAGACUUUGUCCAGAGAGUGGUGGAGACGCUACUUGUGGACGAGAAGAAAGACCGUGUGUCAGUGGUUCAGUACAGCAGAGAUCCAGCUGUCCAGUUUUAUCUGAACACUUACAUGACAAAAGACGAGAUCCUUAAUGCUGUCAGAAAUUUGAGGCACAAAGGGGGGAGAUCUCUCAACACUGGAGCAGCUCUCCAGUACUUGAGGGAAAACGUCUUCACUGCCUCUUCGGGAAGCAGGCGCUUGGAGGGAGUUCCACAGGUCCUGAUACUGCUAAGCAGUGGAAGAUCUGCUGACAGUGUCGAUGCACCGGCCUCUGCUCUCAAACAAAUGGGCAUAUUGACCUUUGCAGUUGGCAGUAGAGGCUCUGACAGUAGAGAACUGCAGAGGAUAUCCCACAAGCCCACUUCUGCUUUCACUGUGGCUGAAUUCACAGACCUUUCCAGCGUGCCGCAGCAGCUGUUGGCCUCUUUAGAGGCUUUGCCCAUUGACGUGACCCCAGAAACCCCAACUGAUUCUGUUGACACAGCCAAAAAAGAUGUUGUAUUUCUCCUGGAUGGCUCUGAUGGCACAAGGAAUGGUUUCUCUGCAAUGCGUGACUUUGUUGAAAGAGUGGUGGAGAAACUGAGCGUGGGAGAAAACAAGGACCGUGUGUCUGUUGUCCAAUACAGCCGAGAAGCAGAGGUCCAUUUCUCUCUGAAUACACACAGAACAAGGGAAGAUGUUAUGGACGCUGUCAGAGGGCUUAGACACAGAGGAGGAAGACCCCUAAAUACCGGGGCAGCCCUCCAGUACGUCAUGGACAAUGUCUUUACAAACUCCACUGGAGCAGACGCCUGCAAGGUGUUCCACAGAUCUUGAUACUGCUAGCAGGCGGAAGGUCUUUUGACAAUGUGGAUACCCCAGCUUCUGCU